ACGAGAGUUAGGGCAGGUGGAUGGCGUGCGAGGAGAAGGAUUUGUUUCGGGAUACGCCUGUGCGGUUCCUCGGCUACGCCAAUGAGCUCGGCGAGUCGCUGAGGCCUAUCAUUGCCCGGUCUCUGGUCAAUACUACUUAUGGGGUGGCCGGGCUGUACAUUGCUGCUGAGGCGGUGUCCAAGGGAUCGGCCAAGCAUGCGGUGAUGAAGGGCAAGUGCAGCGAGACGGAACGGACGGCGAUGACGACGGCGCAGAUGGCCGACGUGGUGAUUUGGCAGGGAGCAGCGUCGGUGGCCAUUCCGGGCCUGGUCAUCAAUCGCAUUGUGGCAAGUGUCGGGUGGGCGACAAAGCGGAUGGGUCGGACAGGCGGCCUGUGGCGGUGGGCGCCGACGGUCUGCGGCCUCCUCUCCAUCCCACUCAUCAUCCAUCCCAUCGACACUGCCGUAACAGUGGCCAUGGACGCCACCAUCCGGUCGUGGAUCCCGUACAUGGAGCCGGAGAAGCCGCGUGCUAGCCAGUGA